AUGCCAGGCACGCGAAUUCCGCUUUAUGCGAAAGAACGAAUAAUGAUGCUUCACAAGAAGGGCAAAAACUUUUGCGAGAUUAGCCGUGACUUACACAUGUCAGAAUGUCCUGUGAGCAGGCAGUCUAUUUCAAAAUUCAUCAAGUGGUCGAGCGGAGACCUAAAAAUGCUGCUGCCAUUUAAAGGACAAACUUAUAAUCCCAAAAGGGUGCUAACGAUGGAACACUAUGAAUAUAUUGAUUGUGAAAUGGCUAAAAACGACGAACUAUGUGCCGUAGGUAAGAAAAUUUCUCUUGUUUUCUGAUGAAAUUGCGAACUGCAGCAACGAAUGUGAAUAUUUGGUUUAUUCUUGAUAUUACUUGAUUCUAACGAGCCUUUUGUGUAUUUACUCAACAUUACGUAACGAUUAUUUAUUCUUUUAUUUUAGAUCUUUGCAAAAUGUUGCAGAGACAGUUUUUCCUCAAGGUCUCCGAGGCAACCGUCAAGAGAGCCAGGAAAAAGCUGGGUUGGAUAAAAAGCGGGCCAAAAUACUUUCAGUUGGUCAAAGAGAAGAACCGAGUAGCCAGGCUGACAUUCUGCCAAAAAGCCAAUAAUUCCAAUGAUAAUUUUUCCAAUGUCAUAUUCACCGACGAGUCUUCGAUUUGGAUGGAAUCGCAUGCAAAAAUUUGUUUCCGACGAAUUGGGGAACUCCCAAAGCAUAAACCAAAAGUAAAGCAUCCGUACAAAAUUCAUGUCUGGGCAGGGAUAAGCACACGUGGUGCAACCGAUAUCCUUCUGUUUACAGGCAUAAUGAGGAAAGAAUUUUAUGUAGACAAAAUUUUACGUGGCCAGCUCCUGCCGUUUAUCAGCGAAUGUUUUCCAGAAGGAAAUUACAGAUUUCAACAAGACAAUGACCCAAAGCACAAAAGUAAGUGCAUGCCAUAGGCCGGCACCUAUAGGCUAUACUGAUGAUUUCACAAAACGCACAUGAAAUCUUAAUGACGUAAUAAUUUUGCCAGGCUCGAAGGAAUUUCAUGACGUCUGGUUGAAUUUUUUCUACAAGUUAAACACUGCAUGAUCAACACUAUAGAUAAGAUUAGUAAGUCAGAAAAUCAGUAACCGAUUUCUAGAUCUUAUACAGUUUCUAUAUAACGUUUCCCAUUUUGUAUCGUUUUAGGUCACCUUGCUAUCGAAUUCUUGGCAAAGGAGAAAAUUAUUUAUUGGCCAACUCCUCCUGAGAGUCCAGAUCUAAACCCCAUCGAGAUGGUUUGGCAUGAGAUGAAACACUAUCUUCGCAAGUACGCAAAACCGAAGUCAAAAGCGGAGUUAGAACAAGGCAUCUACAAUUUUUGGGCUACUAUGACUCCAGCUAAAUGUGCUAAAUAUAUUGGACAUUUAAGAAAAGUUGUCCCUGAAGUAAUCAAAAGGGACGGCAGAGCAUCAGGAUAUUGA